AUGGCCCCGCUGGAUGUGGCCCUGCAGGGCCUCUCGGUGUUCGGCCUGGUUCUGUUCGCGGUUCUGUGGCUCAUGCACCUCAUGUCCAUCAUCUAUGUGCGUCUCCACCUCCACAGGAAGAGGUCGGAGGUCAAGCAGCCGUUUGCUCAGGUCCUGGGCGUUUCUCUGCUGAAGCCGCUGAAGGGCGUCGACCCCAACCUGAUCUCCAACCUGGAGACCUUCUUCACCCUGGACUACCCCAAGUACGAGAUCCUGCUGUGUGUCCAGGACCAGGACGACCCAGCUGUGGACGUCUGCAAGAAGCUGCUGGGAAAGUAUCCCAACGUCGACGCCGGACUGUUCAUCGGUGGGAAGAAGGUCGGGAUCAACCCCAAGAUCAACAACCUGAUGCCUGGAUACGAAGCAGCCAAGUACGGACUGGUGUGGAUCUGUGACAGCGGCAUCCGAGUGAAACCUGACACUCUGACCGACCUAACCAAUCAGAUGACGGAGAAGGUGGGUCUGGUCCACGGGCUGCCGUACGUCGCCGACCGUCAAGGCUUCGCCGCCACACUGGAGCAGGUAUACUUCGGGACGUCUCACCCCCGCUCCUACAUCUCGGCCAACGUGACGGGGAUCAAGUGCGUGACGGGAAUGUCGUGUCUGAUGCGGAAGGACGUUCUGGACCAGGCGGGGGGUCUGGUGGCCUUCGCCCAGUACAUCGCCGAGGAUUACUUCAUGGCCAAGGCCAUCGCCGACAGAGGAUGGAAGUUCUCCAUGGCGACGCAGGUGGCGCUGCAGAACUCCGGCUCCUACUCCAUUGGACUGUUCCAGUCCCGUAUGAUCAGGUGGACCAAGCUGCGCAUCAACAUGGUUCCCGCCACCGUCCUGGAGCCCAUCUCUGAGUGCUUCCUGUCCAGCCUCAUCAUCGGCUGGGCCGCACACCACGUCUUCAGGUGGGACAUGAUGGUCUUCUUCAUGUGCCACUGCCUCGCCUGGUUCAUCGCCGACUACAUACAGCUGACGGGAGUCCAGGGCGGCGCCCUGAGCUUCUCCAAGCUGGACUUCGCCGUGGCGUGGUUCAUCAGGGAGUCCAUGUCGGUGCAGAUCUUCCUGUCGGCGCUGUGGGACCCCACCAUCAGCUGGAGAACGGGUCGGUACCGGCUCCGCUGCGGCGGCACGGCCGAGGAGAUCCUGGAUGUGUAGUUACCAUGGUUACCAGAGACUGACGGUUUUACAUGAGGCGCAGUGUGUGUGUGUGUGUGUGUGUGUGUUUUUUUAACUAUUUAUGUUUCUGUCGGUGCUAAAAAUAAAACGAGUCGAUCACAGCGCAGCACCGAAGAACGACACACCUGAGCUCUGAUCAGCCAAUCAGGACAGAGUACCAGCCACUCUGGCUUCUCAUUGGUCCUCACUGCUUUUUAACUUCCAGGAAAUCAAGAGCAGCAACAAGACUUUUACUUUGAAAUCCACGGGGAGUCUGACGCACUUCUAAUCAGCUGAUGUGGUUUACAGCGCCCCCUGGCGGCGACGUGGCGGCCAAUCAGAGGCCAGCAGCGCUGUUGAUUAAGUGAUGCCUUUAUUCUGAAGGUCCAAACAUUUCAACAGAACCGGACCAAGACGAGGCGACACAUUUCUCUGCAGCUGCAGUCCGUCAUGCUGUGUGUGUGUGUGUGUGUGUGUGUGUGUGUGUGUGUGUGUGUGUGUGUGCGCGCGCGCUCAGCCUCGGGCGUUUGGUGAUGACAUCAUCAGCUGUCGGAUGAACCCCGUCUGAAUGUUUGAGUGUUUUUGUACGUUUUGUUUCUCAUUGUUACAAAACACCUGCUGUAAACGGACCAAUCACGGACCAGGACAAUAAUCCGUUUCCAGCGAUCGCGCUGUGAUUGGCCCACGGGAGGGGCUGUGGGCGGGACUUUGACAGACGCACGGCAGCCAUUGGUUGUAAGAUGUAUUUAUUUAUUCAUGCUCCAACUUCCUGUCGCACCUUCAGAAUAAAUAAAGAUUUAACAAACUUUG